AUGGCACCACCACCUUCAGCAAUUCCUCUUUUUAAACCGUCAUCAUCCCCACCACCAAGCUUCUCUUCUUCUCUGCUUCUUCACAAUUCUAUGCUGAAAAGGAUUGCUUUCUCUUCCUCUCUCCAUCGCUUCCUCUCUCACCCAACCAAACUAUUGCCUUCCUCAACAACAACCCAACAUAUUUCCCCUGCUCAUUUUCCCGCACUUUCCUCCCUCAUUUUCCGUCGACCCGUUUACGCUUCCAAGCUUCUCGCCAUGGCUGAACAGACUUCCAACCCAGCUUCGCAGUCUCACAAGCACACCAAUCGCCUCGCUGCUGAGCACAGUCCAUAUCUUCUUCAACAUGCUCACAACCCGGUUGAUUGGUAUCCAUGGGGUGAAGAAGCUUUCGCCGAAGCUCGAAAGAGAGAUGUUCCCAUCUUCGUAUCAAUCGGAUACAGCACAUGUCAUUGGUGCCAUGUUAUGGAGGUCGAGUCUUUUGAGGAUGAAGGGGUUGCCAAAUUGCUGAAUGAUUGGUUUGUUAGUAUCAAGGUGGAUCGGGAGGAAAGACCAGAUGUGGAUAAGGUAUACAUGACCUAUGUACAGGCUCUGUAUGGUGGUGGAGGUUGGCCGCUGAGUGUCUUCCUUUCACCUGAUUUGAAACCUUUGAUGGGUGGAACUUACUUUCCCCCAGAUGAUAAGUUUGGAAGACCAGGAUUUAAGACUAUACUUAGAAAGGUGAAAGAAGCUUGGGAUAGUAAGAGGGAUAUGCUUGUUAAAAGUGGAGCAUUUGCAAUUGAACAGCUAUCAGAAGCAUUGUCAGCAAGUGCGAAUUCUAAUAAGUUGCCGGAUGGGCUUCCACAACAUGCGUUGCGUCUAUGUGCUGAGCAACUUUCUGAAAGCUAUGAUGCAAAGUUUGGUGGGUUUGGAUCUGCCCCAAAGUUUCCUAGACCAGUUGAGGUUCAGCUCAUGCUUUAUUACUCAAAAAAGUUAGAGGAAGCUGGAAAGUUGGGUGAGGCAAAAGAGGGUCUGGAAAUGGUUUUCUUUACCUUGCAAUGCAUGGCAAGAGGGGGUGUCCACGAUCAUAUUGGAGGUGGCUUCCACAGAUAUAGCGUUGAUGAGUGCUGGCAUGUCCCGCACUUUGAGAAGAUGCUGUAUGAUCAAGGGCAGCUUGCCAAUGUUUAUUUAGAUGCCUUUUCUAUUACCAAAGAUGUCUUCUAUUCAUAUAUUGCUCGGGAUAUUCUUGAUUAUCUAAGGAGAGACAUGAUUGGACCGGAAGGUGAAAUAUAUUCAGCAGAAGAUGCUGACAGUGCUGAAUCUGAAGGUGCUACAAGAAAAAAGGAAGGAGCCUUCUAUGUUUGGACUAGUCAAGAGGUUGAAGACAUUCUAGGAAAGGAUGCAACUCUUUUUAAGAGCCACUAUUAUAUAAAACCUUCGGGGAACUGCGACCUUUCUACAAUGAGUGAUCCUCACAAUGAAUUCAAGGGAAAGAAUGUACUCAUUGAGAGAAAAGACUCUUCUGAAAUGGCAUCAAAAUUUGCAAUACCUGUUGAGAAAUACCUUGAUAUUCUGGGCCAGAGCAGGCAAAAGCUUUUUGAAGUAAGGUGUACUCGACCAAGACCACAUUUGGAUGAUAAGGUAAUUGUUUCAUGGAAUGGACUGGCUAUCUCGGCUUUUGCAAGGGCUUCUAAAAUUCUCAAGAAUGAACCUGAGGAGAUCAAAUUCAACUUUCCUGUUGUCGGCUCUGAUCCAAAGGAGUACAUUCAAGUUGCAGACAGGGCUGCAUCUUUUAUCAGGAGACACCUUUACAAUGAGAAAACACAUCAACUACAACACAGCUUUAGGAAUGGCCCAUCUAAAGCGCCUGGAUUUUUAGAUGAUUAUGCAUUUCUUAUUUCGGGGUUGUUGGAUCUUUACGAAUUUGGUGGUCAAACCAACUGGCUAGUUUGGGCAACUGAGCUGCAAGACACCCAGGAUGAAUUAUUUCUUGAUAGAGAGGGAGGUGGAUAUUUUAAUACACCAGGAGAAGACCCCAAUAUUCUCCUUCGUGUGAAGGAAGAUCAUGAUGGGGCAGAGCCCUCUGGAAACUCAGUUUCUGUGAUCAAUCUUGUAAGAUUGGCAUCCAUGGUAGCUGGCAACAGGUCUGAUCAUCACAGGAGGGAUGCAGAGCAUGUUCUGGCAGUUUUCGAGACAAGAUUAAAAGACAUGGCUAUGGCUGUACCUUUAAUGUGUUGUGCGGCAGACAUGCUCACUGUUCCUUCCCGAAAGCAAGUUGUCUUGGUUGGCCAUAAGCAUUCUGUAGAGUUUGAGAACAUGCUUGCCGCUGCUCAUGCAUCAUAUGACAUCAACAAAACAGUUAUUCACAUAGAUCCAACUAAUUCCGAAGAGUUGCAAUUUUGGGAGGGCAACAAUAGCAACAUCGCCCUCAUGGCAAAGAAUCAUUUUGCUGCUGACAAAGUGGUUGCUCUUGUGUGCCAAAACUUUACUUGCAGUGCUCCUGUAAAUGACCCCGGAUCCCUCGUGGCUUUGCUCUCCCAGAAAUCAUCCUUAUCUGCAUGA